AUGGCCCUGCCCACCCCCUACCAAUCUGUGAGCCUUUCAGGAGCCCCACCACCCCCUAAAUCCCCCUGCGAGGUUCUGGGCCCAGCUGAGAACUCAAGGCCCCAGGAGGAGCAGCAGCCAGCAGUGAGGAAUUGCAGAAUGCCUUCCAAGGGAAACCCCUCCAAAGACCCCCAGGAAGAGACCAUCGAAACACAAGUGCUGGAGCCCCUGGGCAAGCUGCCUCUGCUUGAGGAUGCAGACCCUGAGGCAGCCCCCACCAUGCACACGCUCUACGUUCACCACCUGAACCCCCAGUUCUCUGUGCCAGUGCUCACCUGCCUGCUACGAGACACCCUGGAGAGGCUCGAGGUGCCUGUGGCGCGAGAACACAUUGAGGUGGUGAGGCGGCCGCAGAAGGCCUAUGCAGUGGUGCAGGUGACCAUCCCCAAGGCCACCCUGGCCUCGCUCACCUCACGCCUGCAGGUUGCCGCAGAGAAGCACCUGAUCUUCAAGGAGCUGGCAGCCCGAGGAAAGGAGCUGGUGGUGAGUGAGGGCCGGAAGCCCUCCCGCCGCAGAGAGGUGCGUGGGCCUUCCCCAGGGCACCAGGCCCUAGCCCCAAAACCUCCCCCAGGGGAGAAGCCUGGCCCCAGCCCAGGAGCCAACCAGGACUACAGUGGCAGGUCAAUGGCCCCCCGUGCAGAGAGCCCACCCAGCCCAUCCUGGGCCUCUCAGGGGCUUAGGGACCACCACCACCACCACCCCAGCGGCUCGCUCUCGGACAGUGCCAUCGUGCAUCAGGAGAUCCUGGGCCAGGAGAGGCUCUUCCAGGGCGCUUUCCUGGGCAGCGAGACGCGCAACGUGGAGUUCAAGCGCGGCAGCGGAGAGUACCUGAGCCUGGCGCUCAAGCACCACGUGCGGCGCUACGUGUGCGCCUUCCUCAAUAGCGAAGGCGGCAACCUGUUCGUGGGCGUUGAGGACAGCGGCCUGGUUCAGGGCAUCAGCUGCAGCCACCACGACGAGGACCGCGUGCGCCUGCUGGUGGACGCCAUCCUACAGGGCUUCAAGCCCCAGGUCUUCCCUGACGCCUACACCCUCACUUUCAUCCCUGUUAUCAGCACCUCAGUCACCAGUGUCCCCCUGAAGGUGAUCCGAUUGCGCGUGCACGAACCCAAGGCCCAGAGCGAGCCGCAACUCUACGAAACCGACCAGGGAGAAGUGUUCCUACGCCGCGAUGGGAGCAUCCAGGGCCCACUCUCCGGCAGCGCCAUCCAGGAUUGGUGUAGGCAGAAAUGGAGGGCAGAACUGGGCAAGCUGGAGGAGAAGGUGAAGGUGUUGACAGUGGAGAGGGAGCAGCUCCAACAGCAGCUGAAGCAGCACUGGCUGGCCUCCUGCACCUGCUGUGUUCUGUGA